AUGAGAGGCGAUCGAUUUGUAAUACCAACUAGCUUAAAAGCGGAACUAAUCAACAUUAGCCAUCUAGCGCACCAAGGCAUUGUUCGUACAAAGCAACGUCUUAGAGAGUUAUACUGGUGGCCAGCAAUGGACAGAAUGGUAGAAGAGAUAAUUCGUAAUUGUUCAGUUUGUCAGGCUAGUGAUAAAACGGCAUAUGUGAGAACUCCGCCUUUACAACCUGUUACCCUUCCAGAAAGCCCGUGGAAAAAGUUAUCGAUUGAUAUUACUGGUCCAUUUGAGAAAGCAUCGCAAGCAUACAGAUACGCUAUUGUUCUCAUAGACUACUACAGUAAAUGGCCAGAAAUUGCGUUUACGCGAGCGAUAACGACAGAUUCAGUGUGUACAAUGCUUAAUUCCAUUUUUGCGAGAGAGGGGUUGCCAGAUGAAAUUGUAUCUGAUAACGGCAAACAGUUUACUUCAACCGAGUUUGAAACAUAUUUGGAAGCUAGAGGAAUUCGACAUAUUCGAACAUCACUUUAUCACCCUCAAGCUAACGGGCUCGUAGAAAGAUUUAACAGAGUGCUUAAUUAG